AUGGGUCAGUUAUUCUCUGAUAUAACUAAGGAUGAAGGCCUUGGAGAUUUGGAGUCCAGCUUCACUGCAUAUUUUAAGAAGAUUAAGAGAGAAAACACAAUCAUUUCUCAGGAAACUGCCCGUUUAAUAGAAUUUCAUCUGAAAAAAGGAAACAUUCUUGGGGCAAACUCUGUAAUCAGUGAUGAAUUAAAAAAUAUUGAUAGUGCCACAAUAAAUGUUGCUGUGACUGGAGAGUCUGGUGGAGGGAAGUCCAGCUUCAUCAAUGCCCUGAGGGGUCUUAGACCAGAAGACAAAGGUGCAGCUGAAGUUGGGGUAGUAGAGACAACCAUGAAGAUAACUUCAUACAAACACCCCAAAAUUAAGACUUUAACUUUGUGGGACCUGCCUGGCAUUGGAACUAUGAAAUUUCCACCAAAAGAUUAUCUGGAGAAAGUAGAAUUCCAAAAGUAUGACUUCUUCAUUAUUGUUUCUGCCACGCGUUUUACAAAACUUGAACUAGACCUUUCCAAAGCAAUCAGAUUCAUGAAAAAGAAUUAUUACUUUGUGAGAACCAAGGUGGACAUGGAUAUAGACAAUGAAAAGAAAACAAAACCACGUACAUUUAACAGAAAAAGGAUACUGGAGAAUAUCCGAAGCUAUUGUGUGGACACAUUUAGGGAGAAUAACAUAGAUUCACCACAGAUUUUCUUGAUUUCUAGCUAUUCUUUAUCUGACUAUGAUUUCCCAGUCCUCAUGGACACCCUGAUAAAGGAACUUCCUACUCAGAAGCGCCACAGUUUUAGGCUUUCCAUGUCUAAUAUUACAGAGGCAGCAAUUGAUGGAAAGCACGAGUCUAUGCAGCAGACUAUCUGGUUGGAGGCCUUCAAGACUGGACUUUUGGCAAAUGCUCCAGCAGUGGGAAUCCUCAAGGAUGAUAUGAAACACCUGAAGGCAAGUUUAAACCGCUAUCGAGUCCUCUUCGGAGUGGAUGAUGAAUCCCUGGGAUACAUGGCAAAGGAUUCCAAAGUGUCUGUUGAACAACUGAAAAAAAUCAUUAAAUCUCCUUGUUUGCUGGAAACUAAGAAAGAAGAGACAUUUGGAGAAACAUUUUUGAAAUAUUUGGAAAAAUUUGCCUCAGUUAAUGGUGGGGUCCUUGCUACAGGACUUUACUUUAGGAAAACCUUUUACUUCCAUCAUAUCUUUCUUGACACUGUGGCUGAAGAUGCCAAAAUCCUCCUUAGAAAGACAUAUUCAAAAAAUUAG